AUGGCUAAUGUUCGCGAUUUAGUUAACCAGAAAAUUGAUAGCAAUAAACUGAUGGUGUUUUCGAAAAGCACUUGCCCAUACUGCAUCAAGGCGAAGCAGACGCUGUCAAAGUAUGUUGGAGACGACAACGCCGUCAGCCCUGAUGAUUAUGAAGUCUUGGAGAUUGACGGCUUACCCAAUUGUUCAGAAAUUCAAGAUUAUUUGCUGCAAAUAACUGGAGCUAGAUCGGUGCCUAGAGUGUUUAUCAACCAAAAGUUUGUUGGUGGCUGCGAUGAUGUAGUAGCUCUGGACAAGAGUGGAAAGCUGAAAGCCUUACUGCAAUAG